UUUUGAAUGAAAACAUGUCAAAAGAUUCAGUUAAAGCAGGGAACAUAACAGAACCUAUCGAUAAACGUAUUUAUAUUGGUGGUUUACAUCCUCAGACAACAGAAGAGCAGAUCAAAGAACGAUUUAAUAAAUUUGGCUCUGUCAGUCAUGUUAAUAUUGCCAAAAAUGUAGAAAAUGAAUGUAGAGGAUUUGCGCACAUGACGAUUCAUACAACACCCAAGCAAUGGGAGUCUUGUCUGAGUGUUUAUAACGGGGCUAAAUGGAGAGGUUAUAUACUUAAGCUAGAAGAGGCAUCACUUGACUGGCAGGAACGCAAACGUCUACGAGAUAUUCAAUGGUCUGAAAAGGAGGCUAAAAGGUUAAAACGUUUAAGUCGAUGGAAUGAUAAAAGUGAAGCAUUCCAUGCUAAAGAUAUCGAUACACCUGUUACUGAUAAUAAUCUUCGUAAAGGAUGGAAGAGAGGACGCUAUGGUCGUGCGAUUGCUGUUAUGCGUCUUCGAAAGCCAAAUGGCACCCGCUUUGUAUUUGAUCCUUCCCAUUAUAAAAAUAAUCUGAGCAAGCUGUAUAAUUUAGGAGUACAGAUGAAACCCAUUCAUCGCCUAAUCUCGUCAGUUGAUAAUAAUAAUGAAGAAGGAGAUUGGUUUGAUCAGAAGCAAGAAAAUUCAGAUGAUGAAUCCAAGAUAAUAAUGACAGAGGAUGAACCCAAGAUAAUAAUGACAGAUGAUGAGAAAAGAAAAGCUGCUAUGGAGAAAAUGUUUAACGAACAAAAAGCAAAGAAGGAACUGAUCAGUCAAGCACUUGCUGGCGACUUGCAAUCAAGAAAUCAUACAAAGUUUGAUAACGAUGAUGAUAGAAUAAAUACAGAGGAUGCCUUUAAUAUAGUUCAUGAUGAAAAAGAAGAUAACCAGCCUAAGGAUGCAAUAAAAUGGAUGUUUGAUUCUGAUGAUGAAAGUGAUGACGAAUAUGAUAUUAAGGUGAAUCCAGUGCUGGAAGGUGAAGAGGGACGAAAGCGUCUAGAACUUCAGUCAACGUUUAAAGGGGAUGAUCGUUUCAAAUUAAGUGAGGAUUUUAUAGAUGAUGAUAAAAAUAAAAAAGUGAAACAAGUACAAGAAGAUGAGAUUGCUCAAGAGCUUGGUGCAGAAAAAUCACAAGCGUUGGAUGUACUUCGAUCGAUGUUUGGUAAUGAAAAAGUAGAUAAUACAAAAUCCAAGGCAGAGAGUACAUGGACUAGCGCAGCUCGUUUUGAUCCAGAUGCUGAAGAUGCCUUUAAAUACCUUACUCAUCAUGAGGAAGAAAAUAGGGAAACAUCUGAGGAAGAGGAUACUAAUAGUGAUGAUGAUUUCUUUGAUCAGCAUGAAAGAAAGCCUGAUGUUACAGCUAUGCCAGAAGUAUCUACAGAGAAACAUUUUGAAGUGAAUACAAAUCUAAAACCACUCUUUGGAGGAGCGGAAGAUGAGCCAUUCACAUUAUUUGGUGGUAAUGAUGAUGAUGAUGCAUCAUUGUUUAGUAAGAAAGAUGACAAGCAUGAGGAACAAUUUAUAUCAUCCACUUUUGCAUCUAAAGAAGCAACUAAGGGGCGCCUUGGUUUAGGCGUAUUAUUCUUUUUCCAUUUAGAUGACCCUUCCUUAAUGAAAAAGUAAGUAGUAAAACCUACAAGUGAGUAUCUAUCUAACCAAUGUGUGUAAAAUAGGAGUUGCUAUGCUUAUGACUCAGAAGGUAUCUUUCAAGCACAAGAAGAUGAAAAAGAAUAUGAAAAGAAAUGGAGAGAGCAGAGACCUCUUAUUAAAGAAGUUUUGAAGAAGCGUCAAAAGAAUGCAAUAAAAAGUCAAAAAAGGAGAGCUAUACGUGAU